AUGGCGUCAUCCGAUGGGUUCCCUUCGAUACCAGACGACCCAAGCAGCCUUCCCCUCACGGGAACAUCGGCCUUUGUAGGCCAGCCUCCGGCGACACAAGAUGACUAUUACAUCGUGAAGGGUUUAUUCCGCGUGACCGGGACGGCGGAUGUCAACCCAAUGAUGGGCUACUUUCUCGCCGCAAAACCUCCCCCCGGAUAUGUACACGAAACGAGACAAAUAAGCAUCUUGGUCGGCCUGAUAUUUGUUAUUCUGCUUGUUGCUGUGCCCACAGUAUUGAGAAUUGGGCUGAGGCUGGGGAAAUCUUCGAGCAUGAAAUUUGGCUGGGAUGACUACACCAUCUCCAUCGGUGCUCUUCUGGCACUUGUCUUUCCCAUCACACAGAUAUACACCGUUGCAAUCGGCGCGACCGCGAAACAUGUGUGGGAAGUCACCUAUGAGCAGUACAGCACUGGUAUAGUGGCGGCCAUGGUCUGCAGGACGGCUUUCUAUGUGGCUGUGGGCAUGAUAAAGCUAUCGAUGACGAUAUUUAUUCAACGGCUCGCGGAACGGCUCAGUAUUUGGUGGCGGAUAUCAUGCUACAUCUUCAUUGCGUCGCUUGUCGGAUACAUCGGGCUCGCCAUCUUCGCCAUUGUCUUCUCAUGUAACCCGCCAGCAGCACAAUGGGAUCUGGCACUACUUGGUCGAAUCGAGCCGGUACCUACUUGUAUGGACCUUGAAGCCCAAACACAGGUCCUCAUCAGCAUUCACGUAGCGCAAGGGCUGGUGCUACUGUUCACUCCCAUAGUCAUAUUGUGGAAGGUUCGGGUGCCAACAGCGAAGAAGGCCCGCCUGUUCACCAUCUGGAUAAUUGGAGGGCUGGGGGUUCUGGGUGGCCUGAUACAGCAGACUCGUCCGACGGUGACGAACGACCUCACAUGGGACUACGUUGAAGUCUUGGUGUGGGCGUGCCUGGAUCUAUCACUGGGAACCAUGGCUGCUUCUCUCCCUGUUCUGGACGGGCUGCUUGAGAAAUACUGGAUGAAGGCCAAGAGUACGGUUGUGAAUAUAUUUCGAGGGGGCCAACGCCGAGGUAAACCUGGUGCAAGGGUAUGGCCUUACAGCCCGACGGCGUCGGACGAAGAGAAACGCAAAAAACCUACGAUAAGGCAUUCCGUGUCCAUUAUCGGUGCGCACACGAUGCGUACUGAGUCGGGCGCGAGCAUUGUUAGCAACAGUCAGUUGCAAGAUAGCAAGAGUGAGGUGGUGGAGAUGGGCAUUUUGCGUGUCCAGGAAGUUGAGGUGCGCAUUUCUGUUGUACCUGAAGACGUGGAAAAGGGUCAGGAGAUGGCACUUGACCCCCGAGCUCCGUCGCCGUUCUGGCACAAUCGCCCGGAGUGGCAUGAUCAAACCCUUAGGCUUUAA